AGAAACCCGGAAGUGAUCAACACAUCGCUAAGCAGCGGUAGAGUGCGAGUGUAAAGUGAGGAGUGUGUGAAAAUGUGUAAAAGUCCGAAAUGCUGAAAGGGUUCUUGAAUCAGCGACUAGCUGCAAAUAAAUAUUUGUCUUGUGAGAAAGAAGGAUAGCAGAGCAGGAGGACGAAGUGUCAGGAACAAAGUAGGAGAACUACCGGAUGCUGUUUCCAAGAAACCUCAAAUGGUGUUACACGGACAAGACAUUAGUGAAGAACAUCUGGAACUCCAGGAUGGAACCGCAGCCCCCGUACAUUAAAGAGGAAGAGCCACAGCUGCCCCACAUUAAAGAGGAACUAGAGGACACCCAGUCCCCCUACAUUAAAGAAGAACAGGAGCCUCACAGCAUCAGUCAGGAUGGAGAGCAUCUCCAAGGACUGAAGGAGUUCCCGAUGAUUGGUGUCCACGUGAAGAGUGAAUACGAUGAAGUUCAAAGUGAGAAGAAGCGAGAAGUGGAGCCUCAGAGCAGCAGCUCAACAGAAGCCGAUGGAGACCACGGCGGAGUAUCACCAGCACACGACCUCUUAGCUCCGCUAUCGGAUAGCGACGACAUCACAUCGCAGUCUGACACCGAUGAUGAAGACUAUGAAGCUGACGUGACCUCUCACGCGGACAACACACUCUGGAAAUGCUCUCAGUGUGACAAAACCUUUGUUCACAAGAUGAAUCUGAAAAUACACAUGAGGCGUCACACUGGAGAGAAACCUUUCAUCUGCUCAGUUUGCGGUAAAGGAUUCUCACAGCAGUGCAAUUUGAAAGUACACGCAAGAAUCCACACCGGAGAGAAACCUUUUCCUUGCACGGUUUGCGGUAAAAGAUUCAAUCAAAAAGGCGAUUUAAAAACGCACACAAGAAUACACACCGGAGAAAACCCUUUUUCCUGCUCGGUUUGUGGUAAAGGGUUCAUUAAGAAAGCGAACUUGAAAGUACACACGAGAAUACACACUGGAGAGAAACCUUUUUCCUGCUCGGUAUGCAGUAAGAGUUUCUCUCAGAAGAUUGCUUUGACGGUACACACCAGAACACACACUCGAGAGAAUACGUGUGGUCGGAGCGACACAUGUACUACAAGCGUGACUGAACACAAAAGAAUCCACAGUGGGGUGAAAACUGAAAACUUUUUUUAAAGGACUCGUGCAACUUCGAAGAACACAUCAUGGGAACUAUGGAUAAGAAAAACGUGAUUAUUCAUUCAUUUUCUACCGCUUAUCCUCAUGAAGGUUGCGGGGGUGCUGGAGCCUAUCCCAGCUGUCUUCCGGCGUGAGAUGGGGUGGCCAGCCAAUCACAGGGCACAUAUAGGCAAACAACCAUUCACACUCACAUUCAAACCUAUGGACAAUUUGGAGUGGCUAAUUAACCUAGCAUGUUUUUGGAAUGUGGGAGGAAACCGGAGUACCCGGAGAAAACCCACACGUCCACACAGAGAUAGCCGAGGGUGCAAUUGAACUAGAGUCUCCUGCACGCUAACCACUCGACCGCCGUGCAGCAUGGUAUUACUCAUUAAAAAAAAAAAAGAAGUGGAAAAGAACAUUAUAACAUGACUAAUUGAUAUUGUGAUGAAAUGUUUGACCAUAAUAAAACAAACAGACGGGUUUGUAUCAGGCAGGAAUCCGGUGUGUAAAAAAAAUAAAAAAAUUAAAUCAGUCAGCUAUAAUUAUAACAUAAUAUAAUAUAAGUACAGCGUGCUAGCCAGUCUAAAAAUAGACCUAGGAGGUAUUCUACCAAAGUCAAGAUGCAGCUCAACAACGAUACUGCAACAGUGGUUCGUACCUUCUUACUUUGUCAAGUCCGGUUUUCGGCCUUGUGACCAGUACGCAUUCACAUAAAAGGGGGCGUUGGAUGUCACGUUGUUCUACUUCCAUGCCAAAAUGAAGCCAUCCCAGUCGAUAAGAUGACGAGUAGUUAUUGUAGAGCAUUGGUCGGGAACCUUUUUGGCUAAGAGAGCCAUGAAGGCCAGAUAUUUUAAAAUGUGUAUCUGUGAGAGCCAUAUACAUUUUUUUUAAACAUUGAAUGCAAUAAAAUGUGUGCAUUUUUAUGUAAGACCAACAGUUUUAGAUAUAAUGGGCUCUAAUUACGUAGACCAGGCACACUACCCCACGCCAAUGGGGUGUGGCCAGCACACUUUUGUGAGCAGCGCAGUGUCUAAUAAUAAAUCAAAUACUUGUUGCCAUUAAUGCAACUUCUGCUGCUGCAUAAUUUUGCACCAUACUCAGUAUAUUUCAUUCUUUUGGCCAUCUUCGUCAGAAGGCUUGGUUCUGCAGCUUUAGCUAGGUGACUAUUUGACUAAAGGAGGAAAGUUUACAUUUACAUGUUUUUUUGACAUCUCAAUGACCGAGGUAGACUACCGCAUUACCCAGUAAUAAUCGAGUUUUGGUGUUUGACCUGGAAAAUAUCUUCAAGAAAGAUGGAUAUGGUUGGCCGUAUUGCAGUAGAAAAUAGAUGGACGAAUUAAAAAUGCAUAAAAAAGUUGUUGAUUUUUAAUAUUAUUUAAUUUAAUAUUAUUUCUGUGAUGGUUUACUUUAAAAUGUUAGCAAAAAUACAUUUUUUAUUGUGGUAAGAAAUGCUUGAGAGCCAGAUACAGUCAUCAAAAGAGCCCUACCUGGCUCCCGAGCCAUAGGUUCCCUACCUCUGUUGUAGAGCUUUAUGAGAGCGUUCCAAAAUAUUAUCGCCAAAAAGCAACUCUCUCUUUUAAUUUUUAAUGAUGUCUAUAUUGUUUGCAUAUAUUAUAUAAAAUGUGUGUGCAGGCUAGAAAUGUUCUGUUUUUUUUUUUAUUAUUAUUUUUUUACUGUCCGAAUAACAUAAUGAGCAGCCGU